UUUCUAAAGGAGAAGAUUCUCAACAGGAAGAAGCAGGCCAGCACUGGGGGCAGUUUUCUGCCCAAAAUUCACUCAAUGCUAAGCAUGACUAACAAUGGUCAAAAGUCGUCAUCAUUUACCACGAAAAAGAACUUUUUUCAGAUUUCCCCACAAGAGAUGGUAUUUCAGAACUUUGUCGCUUAUGAGGUCUCUGAAAUGGUACUGUCUCUCACAAAUAAGGACAAGUUUAAUCGGCUGGUGAAGAUUUCCAUGGAGAGAUCACCUUAUUUCGAGCUGCUGUGCCCUAAUGAUGCGUACCACAUCGUGCCACCAGGCGCAUCUUCCACUGUGCGCAUCCGCUUCACCCCUGACACAAACAAGAAUUAUUCCCACCAGCUCGUCUGCAUCACUGGACUGGAAAGGAUAGUUGUGCCAAUUCGGGCCAAUCCAGCCCAAGCCAUCCUGGAGUUCCCUGACCAGCUGGACUUCUCGGAGUGCCCGGUCAAGUACAGCACCCAGAAAACUGUGCUGCUUCGCAACGUUGGGAACCUGGAAGCUCAAUUCCAGCUGAGCACCCAGAGUCCUUUCUCUGUGGUUCCAGCCAGCGGAACUCUGGGCAUUGGUGAAACCAUGCAGGUGACAGUGGGAUUUCACCCGCUGACAAUUGGUGACCAUUCUGGAACCCUGGCAGUGUGCUGCAACACAGGUGAAAAAACUACCUACAUAAACCUUCGCGGAGAAGCUGUAAAUGUCGCCAUUCAGUUGAGCACAAAUUCUGUGAAGUUUGAGGAUACUUUCAUCACCAUGUCAAGCUACACAACCCUGUUCAUCGAAAACAGGAGUAACAUCACAGCCCACUUCCAGUGGAAGACUUUUCCUAUGAAGGAAGAGGACGAUGAAGAGAAGAAGAGGGAGUGCUUUUUUCUGCGGCCAUGGAAGAGGAUGUGGCUGGAAAACUUCAUGAAGGAGAAAAAAGUAGCCCAGAAGAAGGGCUUUUGUGAAGAUUACACUGCCAUCCUGAGCGACCGGGUCCAGGAGGAUAUGGCAAGGGUGGAAGAAGACCCCCUGCUGUUCUCCUAUAGCACUUUUUUAAUUGAACCAAUCGAGGGAGAGAUUGAGCCUAAUUGUUGUGCCAAAAUCACAGUGACCUUUAAACCCCUAAAAGCACGAGAGUAUCAACGUGUGGUUUACUGCGACAUCUCAGGCCAUGAGACCAGGCUGCCCCUGUGCCUCAGAGGGGAAGGCCAAGGACCCUUGGUUGAACUCAGCUAUGAUACACUGGCCAUUGGAAGCGUUUUACUCGACACCACCCAGGUCUAUGAGGUGAAACUGAUUAACAAAGGAGCUAUUGAUGCUCACUUCACCUAUAUCCCUCCAGCCACAGAGGUGGGCGACUGCUUCGGGUUUUUGCCUGAUAAGGGCAUCAUUGCACCAGGUGGGAUCCAGACCAUCAAGAUCACCUUCAAUGCCUUGGUAUUGGGGAACUUUGAGGAACAAUUCCAGUUCAGUGUGGCUGAAUCCCCUAAUACUUUGACCUUGACUGCCAGCGGAUGUGUCUGUGAAGCGACUGUACACUUUGACAUGGAGGAGCUCAACUUCGGUGACAUUUCCUUUGGCUUUCCCUACACCAUGACCUGUCGCCUCGUUAACACCUCGCCAGGGUUCCUGAACUUCAAGCUCCGCAUGUCUGACGAUGGCACACAGCCUGCUGUUACUAGCUUUGAUCAAAUACUCAAGCCUAAUGACUCAUCCUGGAGGGAUGGAAUUCAUUUUUAUGUGGAGCCAAGGGAGUUUACAAUUAAUCCCAGCCAAGGGACCAUCACUCCCCUCGGAUACCAGGAUAUCAUGGUGACCCUGUGUUCCAACACCGUGAUGGAAUUCUACCGGAGACUGCUGGUGGACCUGGAGGGUAUUGGCAAGGAAAUGGCAACACUGAUCAUCUCAGCCAGAUGCAUCGUUCCUGAGCUGCGAGUGUGGCCCCAAAUCCAGGACUACUCUCAGUGCCUACUGAAGGUGCCAUACAAGAGGAAUUUCAUCGUUAGGAAUGACACCAACCUUCCUGGCUGCUACGGGCUUGUUCCCCAGAAACGCAAGGAGAACACUCCUGUAUUCUACUCCAGCCCCGAACCCUGUGGGAUUGUCCAGCCUCACAGCAUUGCAGAGAUUCCAGUUGUAAUCGAAGUGCAAAGAUUGGGCAAGCAUCAGACCUAUGGUCGUGUCGGCGUUUUCGGGGAUGAGAGAAACCCACGGAGUAUAAUAAUAAAAAGCACUGGAAAGCUGGCAGACAUCUACGCAUUUCCAAGAGAGAUAGAGUUUGGCAAGAUCCCAGCACUGCAACCUAAUUCACAAGUUUUUACCAUCUUCAAUGAGGGUUUUGUCCCUGUAGACUUCAAGAUACAGGCGGCUAAAAACGCCCACUGCUAUGCUUUUGACCCCACAGAAGGAGAGAUCCCUGCUAGGGGUGAGGUUCCUGUGACUAUCACAGUGACCCUGGAUGACACUGGGUAUUUUUGUGACAUUAUCGAGCUGUUGGUUUGCAACACCCUUUGUUUCACCGUCCAAGUCCAAGCUGUGGGCACUGGCACCCCAAUUAUCAUAGACAAACCAUUCAGCCCGGUGCUCGACUUGGGAUACCAAUUCAGCUUUCUUCCCUGUGUUCGUCAGUUCAAAGUAACAAACAGGGGCCACUAUUUCCGUGAGGUCUUCUGGAGUGUGGAUUGUUGCAGCCCAGCUGAGAAGGGCCAGAGUGUCUCAGCCCUCCCUAGCAGAAAGACUAAAGAUCGUUCCCAGAGCCCCAAACGUACCAGCCCCCUGUUUGAGCUGAAGCCAAUGGAGAUGAAGAUGCAACCAGGCGAGUCUAUGGACCUGGUACUGCAAGGCUUCUCCCACAUCGAGCAGGUGGUAAAGGAUUAUGUGGUGUGUGAAGAAUUUCUUGGGGCAAUGACGCAGAGAAAGAAGAUAAUAGAAACAAUAAUUACCUGCGAGUUUAUUCAUCCCUCUAUAGAAAUAUCUGCCAGACAUUUCUCUUUCCGGGUGCAGAAGAAACCCAGUGAUGUCCUGACGCUGCAGUACCAGCUUUUGGCUGUAAAAAACACCUGCUCCCUGCCACUGGACCUCAUGCUGGAAGUGGAGCAGCCGUUUCUGGUCUGCAAUGUAGACCAGCAGCCCCUCCCAGAUGGCCAGCCUGUGACACUGGAUGUAGGGCAGACCUGUCAUCUCUACAUCGCAUUUGACCCAGCUUAUAAAAAGGAUAUUCAUAGCUGGAAAGACAAUAAGGUUCUGAAGAUAAACAUGGUCAGGGGCCAUCCUUAUGAGGAGCAUAUCACCCUUGUGGGAGAAGUCCACUUCCCCAAUCUCCAGAUCCAGCCCAGCACCCUGGACUUCGGCUGCAUCCUGGCUGGCACUGAAGAAUUGCGUUCUGUGCAGAUAACCAACUGCAGCCCCCUGCCUGUCCACUUCCACUGGUCAUUCCAUCCGGACAGCCAGGUGAACAGGCUGAGGCAUGAGCUUUACCCACCUAAGUUCCAACCCCAACCACCAAUGGUGAAGAGAACCUGUUUACCUUUGUCAUCUCAAUGGAGACGCUUCAAGAUGACAAAUACGGGGGAGUCAACCUCAGCCCUGAAAGAAGCGUUGGAUCUUGCCCAAUCUUUAGAAGAGGUGGAAUUCAAGUUAGCCACAGACGUACCGUCCCCUGCCAUCAAAGUGGAGAAGGCUUUCAGUAUCCUGCCGCAAUUGGGUGUGCUGCAGCCGAAAGAGAGCAAGAAGAUCAUCUUCACCUUCUCUGGCCACCUCAACACCAUGGCCAGUGCCGUGGCCCUGUGCCACGUGCAGGGAGGCCCCACCUACAAGGUGGAGCUGACUGGGGAGGCCUCACGCAUCAGCUACUCCCUGAGCCAGCGGGAGAUCAACUGCGGCUUCCAGAUGUUUAAUGAAAUUCAUCACAGCACAGUCACCCUGGCAAACACUGGCAAGAUUACAUUCGACUGGGUGCUAAACCUUAGCAUUACAGAGCAACAUCUGCCUGGAGUGUUUCUGGUCAAACCUACCCGUGGCUCCAUUGGACGUGGUGAGAAGCAAGUGCUGGAAUUCUCUUACAUGCCAGGAUUACCAGGAGCCUUCAGCAGGACUUUCCAGCUUAAAGUGGGUGACCUGGAGCCAGAAAAUAUCUGCCUGAAAGGAGAAGCAUCCUUUCCCAUGAUCUCUGUGAACCUGCCCUGGAACAUCAAAGGAAAUGCAAACUAUGAGAAGCUACUGAAACAGCCCGUAAAACACCUGCAAAAAUACAAUCAGAAGAAGACUCAGAGCUCGAAGACCUUGAAGUCUCAGACCCCAAAGACUCAGACCCUGAAAACUCAGACCCUGAAAACUCAGACCCCAAAGACACAGACCCUGAAGACUCAGACCUUGGAGACUCAGAACCAGAAUCCCCAAGUGCUUGGCGCCGGCACUGUAUCAAGUGCUCAGAUGCAGAUGCAGAUGGUGAUAAAGCUGGUAAAGAUGCCUGCUCUGGAGCUGCAGAAAAAGCUCCCAUACCAUCCCCCACACAGCAGGUUCCCUGAGAAGGAGCUGUGCCAGAGUCUUGUCAAAGUUGAGCUGCCUGAGUAUGUCCUGGACAUGGGCACUGUCAUUAAGGGUUACACUAAGACACACAUUCUGGCGACCAGAGUUGAGCUGCCUGAGUAUGUCCUGGACAUGGGCACUGUCAUUAAGGGUUACACUAAGACACACAUUCUGGCAAUCACCAACCCUGGGCAGAUCCCAGUGUCCUUCCAGGUCGAUGUGUCUGCCCUGCAGGACACAGGUUUCAGAGUGGAUCUGGACCAGAUGAAGGGCCUGCCCCACAGCCAGACCAGAAUGCUUGAAGUGUGCUUUGACACUGCCCACCAGGCAGAGGGCAGCGUGGAUGUGCUGCUGCCCAUAGAGGUGGCAAAAGGCCCCACGUAUAACAUCCGCCUCCAUGCCACUGUGUUGGAACUGUCGCUCGACCUCUCCAAGAAGACGCUGCAGUUCUCUGAUAUCCUCGUUGGGCAGUGCCAGAUUGAGACAGUCCGGCUCUACAACUGGUUCCAAGUGCCCUGCAAGUGGUUCAUUAAGGCCGUGAAGCGUGUUACAAAGGACAAUCAAUGGACACCAGGUCAGAGGCAGCAGGCGCUGGAGGAUGAGCCCUGUCCCUUUUCAGUGACGCCCUCCAAAGGAACCCUUGAUGCAGGAAGGUGGCAGGACUUACAAAUCCAGUUUACACCCAAGGAGGAGAGGUCUUACAAGAAUGAGCUGAAGCUUAGCAUUUGUGGGAGCAGACAUCACUUAAAGCUGCACCUCUCAGGACAAGGUCUGGAGCCACGGUUGGAGUUCACCCCCCCAGCACUAAAGAUGGGAUGGGUGCUGGUGAACAGCAAGGGGUUGGAGGCCACAGUGGUGGUGAAGAACCCAUGUAACUUCCCUGUUGAGUUUUACUCACUGGAUUUCGAUGAGCAGUACCUUGAGGAAGAGAAGAUGCUGAGGAUGGCAGUGGGGUCUGAGUACCAAAAGAACUUUCUAAUGCCUCCACGUGCUGUGGGUGGGACGCUGCCCCCAGAGGUGCUGGAGAAUUAUGAAGCACAGAAGAGGCUGAAGGCUCAACGGGCAGAGCUCAAGGCCAUGGCAGAGGCCAAGGCCACGGCUGCAGCUGAGGCUGAGGCUGAGGCUGAGGCCAUGGACAAAGCAGCACCAGCAUAUGACAGGGCUGUCACACCCUCUCCUGAGCCCACGGUGGAAGUGACUGGCAAUCCUGUCUCUUGGGCUGUCAUGCGCUACCUGGGCAUUGACCCAUCUUUGGAGAGGCGUGAAGCACAGCAGGACAGGAGGAUUGUUCUCAUCGUCCAUGGGCCACCCCGGGCAGGAAAGACAGAGGUAGCGGCGGCCCUGUGUCACUAUUAUGACACUGCUCACUUGUCCAUUGACACCGUGGUGAAAGAGGCCAUUGCCAAUGAUCAGAGCCAAGCAGGGUGCCAGGCCCGGGAGCUUUGCACUAAGGAUGCCAUGGAGCUGAAAGCUGAGGAUGAAGGUAAUGCUGGUAGAAAUUCUGAGCUCAGUGCUCAGAGCAAGAAUAAACAAGCCUCUGGGGGAAAAAACAACAAGAAGAAUGGCAAAGGCAAGAUUCCUUCAGCACAAAAGAAGAAGGAGCCAGUGAGUAAAGGCGACAAAAAGUUCACAGUUUCCACUGCUCCUGCGCCGCAGCAGCUGAACAUCAUCAGCAGUAAUGGGGAAGAGCUGAACUGCUUGAGCUGUGUGCUGCCCGAGGACCUGCUGGUGGACAUCCUCUGUGAGAGGCUGAAGCGUGAAGAUUGCAACAAGGGAGUGGUCUUUGAUGGCUUGGAGAGCCUCUUUGCAAGUAGCCUGGAAUCUUCUCUGCUCUGUCUACUCAAAGCUGUCAAGAAUUGUCAUCAUAUCUACAUGGUGAACCUGCAUCAGGAUUGUGCUUCUUGGAUAACCAAGGAAGAAAAUGAAAGAAAGAGGAGGAAAGCUAAAAGAGAGAAGGAAGAACUGCAGCGGAAAAAAGUUCUUCAGAGGAACAUAGAACAUGUCUUGAAAAUGGAUGAGGAUGAGUAUUGUGCGCUCCCUGAGGAGAAGAAAGCUCUAGUGGAUAAAAUAAUACAGGGAAGGAAGCUUCUACGGAGGGAGAGGGAGCGGAAGCAGCUGGCUCAAAAGCUUGAGGAGGAGGCGAAAGCCUUAGAGGAGGAAGAGAGGCGAAAGGAGGAAGAGAGGCGAAAGGAGGAAGAGAAGCGGAGGAAGGAAAGGAAGGGGAAGCAGCCUGCAAUACCAGAAAAAAAGGAAACCAAAGCCCCGGACAAGAAGGAAACCAAAAUCCCAGAGAAGAAGGAAAUAAAAUCCCCAGAGAAGAAAACCAAGUCUCCGGAUAAGAAGGAAACCAAAGCCCUGGAGAAGAAGGAAAACAAAAUCCCAGAGAAGAAGGAAAUCAAAUCUCCAGGGAGGAAGGAAACCAAAGCCCCAGAGAAGGGGGAACCCAAAGACCUAGAGGAUGAGAUAACCAAAAUCCUAGAGGAUGCGAUAAACAAAAUCCGAGAGGAUGAGAUAACUGAAAUCCUAGAGGAUGAGAUAACCGAAAUCCUAGAGGAGGAACCCGAAAUCCUAGAGGAAUGUAAAUACAAAGCCCAAAAGAUCUGGGAAAUCACAGACAAGGAGGGAACCGAAUCCCCAGAAAAGGAGGAAACUGAAUCCCCAGAGAAGGGAGAGCCCAAAGCCCCAAAGAAGGGGGAGAUUGAAGCCCCAGAGAAGGAGGAACCCAAAACCCCAGAGAAGGGAGAGUCCAAAUCCCCAAUGAAGGGGGAUCCCAGAGGCCCUGGGAAGGCGGAAACCAAAGCCCCUGACAAGGGGGAAGCCGAAAUCCCAGAGUACCCAGCUGAGAUGGAUAAAAACUUGAUCCAGAGGUUUCAGAUCUAUGAGUCAUCACAGCAGGACGUCGCACAGGUUUUCACCUACUUUGACAGGGUUCAGGGUACUGUGCAGUUACCUGUGAUCCAAAAUGGAAACACAUCCCAGCUAUCAGGUGAAAGCAAAGGUCAGAGGACCAAUAAGCCUCAGGAGAAGGUGGAGAAGAAGCCUGAACAAAAAAGUGGAGGCCAGAGGAGUCUUCAGUCAUCUCGGCUGGAGACACAAAGCGAAGUUGCAGAAGAGGCAGUCGGAGACGAGUAUGUCAGGAUCCUCCGUCAGAGAUGUCGGGAUGCCAUGCUGAGGUAUCUGGGAAUGCAUCCCGAAGGGCCUCCCCUUCCCCCUGCUGCUGUCUUCUCCGUAGUCGACUACCCAGAGGAGCGGUUGGGCUCUGCAGAGCGUGUGAGGCCCUUCACCAUCGCUGCACCGGAAGGUGCUGCUAUGGAACACAGUCUGGCCAAGACCCCAUAUAUGAAGGGCAGUUCUGCCAAGGGCCAACCAAAGAUGGGUAAAGCAGCCAGCAGAGACAACUCUCCAGUAGAGAACCAGAUCUCCACAAAAGGAACAGAAAGUCCCCGGAAUUUCUCUGCAACAAGAUCCAAAAGUACCCUGAAAAGAGCCUCAACCCCCACAGAACUCCUCAGGCCGAAGCGGUACCGGUGGACAGUGCCUGACCACAGUGAGGUGGAACUGAAGGUCCACUCCUCCACCAAACAGCCAGGGCAGUUUGAGCAGACACUGAGGUUUGAGCUCGUGGAGUCAAAGCGCCAGUACGAGCUGCCCUGCAGUGGCACGGGCCUGUACCCCAGCAUCAGCCAGAACACACGGCUGGUGUUUCCACAGUGGAGGGAGACCAUGGAGGCAGAUGAAAUCGUCUUCAAGGAAUAUGUUGAGAGCACAAAGCAAUUCCACUUUGGACCUCUGCUGUGUGGGAAAUCAAGAGAGUGGUACAAGUCCCAGAACCAUCUUGGCAACUGGGAGAAUAUAACCAUCCUCAACAACUCCCCCAUGGAUAUAGAGGUCCACUUCUGCUUUGAGAAUGAUGGGGAAGCAGACACGUUCCUCUUGGACCCUCCCAGCAUGACACUGAAACCAAAGGAGAAGCAGAAGCUGACCAUUUGGGCAUUCCCCACUUCCCAUGGCUUCCUGGAAGACAGACUCGUCUGCUGCGUUGAGAAGAACCCAGAGCCAGUGGUCUUCAGCCUGUGCUGCCAUGGGGUGCAGGUGAAGCUGGACAUCAGCCCCCGGGAACUGUCUUUUGACAAGCUGCUUCUGCACGGGACUGACAGCAGGACCUUGGUCCUGAGAAAUGACAACCUGCUGCCCAUGGCCUGGCAGUUCAGUGGGCUGGAUGACAUUGUUGAGGCCUUCUCCUUGUCUCAAGAUAACGGCACCAUUGAUCCCCGCUCAGAGUUUGAAGUGACAGUGCAUUUCAGGGCUGGGAAGACUGGCCUCAUUCGCUCAGAGUUUGAAGUGACAGUGCAUUUCAGGGCCGGGAAGACUGGCCUCAUUAGGAAGACCCUCCGACUAGAGGUUUCAGAUACAGAAAACGUCCUGGGGAUAGUUCAGGCUGAAAACAUCGAAAUCUCUGUAGAAGUCUAUGAUGUUGCUCUGAACAUUGAAAUGCCUGAAGGUCCAGAUGGAAGCUUGGAGUUUGGAACUAUUAAUGUCCUGGAAAAUGUGAAGAAAGUCCUGACUCUAAAGAACAAAGGGAUAUACAACGUUGGGUACCGUUUCAUACUGAAGGGUGCAGGUCCCAGGAUGCGAGAUGUGGCAUCCCACUUCACUAUUGAGCCUCAGUCGGGCACGCUGAUUGCCUCCCAGCCUGGUAUGAAUGUUGAGAUGCUCUUCCACCCCACGAGGGAGAUGCUCCUCAAGAACAGACUCUUCCUGUACUGCCAGGUGAUGGAUGCCAGGUCUGGGAAAGGAGGCCAGACUGUCGCCACCAUCCCAGUGAGGGUGUCUGCAAAAGCUGUGUACAGCAAGUUCAGUAUUGAUCCUGCCUCACCCAUCGACUUCGGGGCCUUGAUCAAGACCACCAAGAAGACCCAGAUUGUCGUGCUGGAGAACAAAGGCAUGCUCCACUUCAAAUUUCGCAUCCAGCAAACACCCAAGGAUUCAUCUGCAUUGGAAAUCAAAAGUUUAAAGCCAGGGGAAUCUGCUGCACCGACUACAAAGCUGAAAUCAAGCUCCUCACAGGAUCACCUCACUGUUGGCAUGUUCACGGUGUCCCCCUGCUCCGGCUCCAUCGCUCCGUGGGGCCAGCAGAAGAUCACCGUGGAUUGCCUGGCAGGGGAGGAGGGGACAUGUGAGGAGCAGCUCUACAUUGACAUCACGGGCAUAGACCGCAGGGACAAUCCCCUGGGCGCUCCCUUCACCCUGAUUGCUGAGUCCUGCCUCCCAGGAAUUGUUGAGGAUGCCAUGUUAAUCUUCGAGGAGUAUCCAAUCUGCAGCAGCACCAACCUCAGCCACAAGCUGCGGUCGGUGAACGGUGUGGGCCUGUUUGUCAGAGAUGAGAACAAAUUCGUCUUCACCAAGGUUCUGGUUGGGCAAGAGGCUGAAGCUCAUUUCAAUAUCUACAAUGCAAGUGGUCUGCCAUGUGACGUGGUCCUCUCCCUCAAAUCCCCGCCUGGAAAGGAAAAAAUCCCUAUCAACAACAUUUUCAAAUUGUGUCCAGUCAAGAUGUCUGUUCCUGGCUCAUCCAAGGCUAUUGCUAUAGUGACCUUCACCCCACCAGACCAGCAGACCUACGACUGCAUUUUCAAGGCUUCCCUUGUCAUCCCAAAAAGCCCUGUGAAAAUUAGACCCCAAACCCUGACCUUCACCAUCAGUGGGAAGGGGUAUGAGCCACAGGUGACAGUCCUGUGCCCAAGUGCCCGCAGCAAGAGGGGAAAUGCUGUGCUGCGCUUCAAGAGGCUCCCCGUGGGGGAUUCAGAGAUGCUCCCCCUGGUCAUGUGUAACAAAGGCGUCAUACCUGUCAAGUUUAUGUUACAGCUGGAGGGUGAGCACGGAGCGUUCUUCUUGAAAAGCAGGCAGUCCGCACUUGAGAAUUUCCACGAUGAAGAUGUGGAAGAGGUCUGCACUGGAAAUGAGAUCAAGCCCCCAAAGAAGCCUUUCCUACUUCUGCGUCGUGGGCAAUCGACAGAGUUUGAUGUCAUUUUCAAACCCACCCUGGCUCAACGUCUGGAAGGGAAGAUUCAUGUCUUAGUGGGGGACAUGUACUUUCACAACUCCCUAAUAGAGCUGGUGGGUGAAGGCCACAAGGAUGAAUUCACCCUUGAGGGACUAGAGGAAGACACAGAGGAGAGGAAUGCUGACAGCAGUCUGAAGAAAGACAUCAUUGGUGCUGUCAGAGUGAAUCACAUCCAGUUUGGGGACUGUCCUGUCGGGAAGCCCUGUCACAGGACCUUCACCAUCACCAGCCAUACCAAGAGGCAGGCCUUGCGCUUUGAGUGGGAGGCAGAUGCCACAUUCCAGUUCUCCCCCAAGAUGGGAUACCUCCUUCCUGGCUGUGCCAAGGACAUCACAGUGACCUUGAAAUCAGAUGCCCCAGCCGUCUUCAGGAGGCACCUUGUGAAAUGUAAGGUGACCAAGGUCAACGUUGCGCGGCCACGAAGGAAGGUUCCAGACUGGAACGACCAAAUGUCCAUUGUCACAUGGAAGGAUACCACCAGGAAAAACCCAGCAGCCAGCUGGCCUGAGAAAGAGAAGGUGGUCGAGACAGCCCCAGAACCAGCUCACACUGUGGAGGAGGAGAGCCUCCAGGAGGCCGAGGUGUACCUCAGUGCCUCUGUUGCCUACAGCCAGUUCAAGCUUUGUUUCAGGAUGUGCAACACAGGGAAAGUAGCCCUGAAAUACACCUGGGUGGAAGCUGCAGAUAGUGAAGCAGUGAAGAGGCCAUACUCAACCACUGUGAUGCAUGUCAUCCAUGACCUGCCACUGUUCUCCAUCUACCCCUACCACGGCAUCAUCGCCCCUAGGCAGAAGCAGAUCUUUCAUGUGCUGUUCUCCCCAAAGUGCAUGGGCAAGUUUGAGACCACCAUGAUGUGCAGGAUUCCAAACCUGAAGCCAUCUCUGAAGAAGGUGCGGGUGAUUGUGAAAGGCAGAGCCUGGCAGCAGAGGAGUCUUGACAAACCGAAACGCUGUGCGUUACGGCAGACAGAGAAAGGCCAGGGACCCAAGAAGCAGGUGCACUGGAAAUCAACACCUGAGUGA